CCCAAAUUAUAGUAAUUUUCCUACACGCAAAAUAUGUCGAGUGAAGAAAUUGGAUUGUCAAAUUUAGCCAAAAGUGAUCAAAAUGAAUUGACUGCGAUUCCACCACAAGAAAAUUGUAUUGCAUCAGUUUCAUCCAAAGAUAAAGAACCGUGUGAAGAAGAGAGAUCAUGCUGGAUUUGCUUCGCAACUGACGCAGAUAAUAUGCUUGCAGCAUGGGUUCAACCGUGCAAGUGUAGAGGCACUACUAAAUGGGUUCAUCAAAGUUGUUUAUAUCGCUGGGUAGAUGAAAAGCAAAAAGGGAAUGCUUUAAAAAGUGUGAGUUGCCAACAAUGCCAAACUGAAUAUAUCAUAGUUUUCCCGCAAAUGGGUAAAUUUGCAAACAUUUUAGAAGGUUUCGACAACAUGGUGAAAAGACUAAGUCCCUUUUUAGCUGCUGGUAUUAUUGUAGGCUCUUUAUAUUGGACUGCCGUAACAUAUGGCGCAGUUACAGUGUUGCAGAUUGUUGGACACAAGAAAGGAAUGACUUUAAUGGAAAAUGGUGAUCCAUUAAUUUUAUUAAUUGGUUUACCAGCCAUACCGGUAGGUCUUGUAUUAGGUAGGAUGAUUAGAUGGGAAGAUGCUGUGAUACGUCUAAUAAGAAACCGAAGAAAUGUUGCUAGAAAAUUCCCUUUAAUGAGUUUAAUUAUUCCUUACCCAGAUGAAUCAGACGAAAAUCAGGAAAACCAUCAACAAAAUCCGAGUACACCAUCACUUUCUGAUCCAUUAUCAGCUACACGUGUUUUCUGUGGUGCACUUCUUUUGCCAACUAUUUCUUCUCUAGUGGGGAGAUUACUAUUUGAUUCAGUUGACAACAGCUUGCAUAGAACACUUUUAGGUGGUUUAACUUUUAUAACUGUUAAAGGAAUUUUGAAAAUUUAUCUGAAGCAGCAACAAUAUUAUAGAAAGAAGGAAAGAAAAAUAGUAGAUUAUACAGAUGAAAAUAUCCGUGAAUAUGCCAUUAACAGAGGUGAUUCAAGAAGUUUUGCAGUAAAUCCUAGGGAAAAUUUAGUUUGAAUUCAUAUAUUUUUUAAAUUUUAUUGUUGUUAUUAGCAUCAGCAUAUUUGAAAUUUAAAUUAUUAAAUAACAAAUAAAACUUAUAUUUCUUUUAAAUUUACCAAAAA